AUGGCGAUUGGAACCGUCUUGGUCACCGGUGGCACCGGCUACAUUGGCUCUUUCACCACCCUCGCUCUUCUUGAGCACGGCUACGACGUGGUCAUUGUCGACAGCCUCUACAACUCCUCCAAGGUCGCUGUCGACCGCAUCGAGCUCCUCGCCGGCAAGCGUCCCCACUUCUACCAGGUCGACGUCACCGACAAGGCUGGACUCGACGAGGUCUUCAAGAAGCACCCCGAGAUUGAUAGCGCAGUCGGCGAGUCUGGCGAGAUCCCUCUCGAGUACUACCGUGUCAACGUCGGCGGCACCGUUUCCCUCCUCCAGGCCAUGACCGACAACAAUGUCCCCAACAUUGUCUUCUCUUCCUCCGCAACCGUCUACGGCGACGCGACCCGCUUCCCCAACAUGAUCCCCAUCCCCGAGCACUGCCCCAUCGGCCCCACGAACACCUACGGCCACACCAAGGCCUUCGUUGAGCAGGUCAUCACCGACCACAUCCAGGCCGAGCGCAAUAAGUUGAAGAAGGCCGGCAAGCCCUUUGAGCAGUUCAACGGAGCUCUGCUGAGAUACUUCAACCCCUGCGGUGCUCAUCCCUCUGGUCUCAUGGGCGAGGACCCCCAGGGCGUUCCUUACAACCUGCUGCCCCUGCUCGGCAAGGUCGCCACUGGCGAUCGCGAGAAGCUCCUUGUCUUCGGUGAUGACUACUCCUCAAGAGAUGGUACCGCUAUCCGCGACUACAUCCACGUCGUCGAUCUGGCCAAGGGCCACCUCGUCGCUCUCAACUACCUCCGUGAGAACAAGCCCGGCGUCAAGGCAUGGAACUUGGGCUCUGGCCGUGGCAGCACCGUUUUCGAGAUGAUCAAGGCCUUCAGCGCCGUCGUCGGCCGCGACCUCCCCUACGAGGUUGUUCCCAGACGCCAGGGUGACGUCCUCGACCUUACCGCCAACCCUUCGUUGGCCAACAAGGAGCUGAACUGGAAGACCGAGUUGACGAUGGAGAAGGCCUGCGAAGACCUGUGGCGCUGGGUCAGCAACAACCCCAAGGGUUACCGCCAGGACCCCCCUCCGGAGCUCCUGGCCAACGCCAAGCCCACGAGCUCUUGA